ACAUUGCCGCCUUCUGAAAAUAAAUGGUGGCGCCUCACUUGUUUCAACGCGUUUCACUUUCUUUCUUGUCUCCUUCCUCGACCGACAUGUCUAUAAAUGGCUUCACAUAUCCCUGUUUAAGUUAUAUAAAUCUCCUUUUUAACAUUUCCAAGAAUUCAGAUUGAAGAACGGGGGAAAAUGAUGGCUUCUUCCACUUUUCAUGAAGUAGAAGGAGAUCUUUUUGACAGAUUACCAGACCCUAUCGUGCAUUUAAUCUUCAACAAAGUGCAAGAUGCAAAGACUUUGUGUUUAUCCAUGUCCGUUUGCAAGCGGUUUUAUGCAAUCGUUCCAGAAGUCGACGCGAUUUUCCUGUCAAUGAAGAAGGAAAAUCAACAGAAUCCUAUUAAGAAGAAUUCCAAUGAGCUCAAGAAAUCAUUCAAGAAUGUUGUUGGGAAAGUUCUCGCGAAGCCCUUUAAAUUUCUGAGUCAGUUGCUCAAGUUGAAGUCAGGUUCUUGUCAUCAUGAUGAUGAUGACUAUUCUUAUCAUAAUCCGAAUGAAGUCUUGAAGCCUUUUAAGGAUGUGCGAAGUCUGGAGCUUGUGCUUCCGAGGUCCAGUGGUGAAAUUGAUUCGAAUUUGUUGAGAUGGAAGGCAGAGUUUGGAAGCCAACUUCAGAGCUGUUUAUUCCUAGGUGGCACAGAGAUCAUGAAGAUUGAUGAAAGCAGCGAAUUAUGCAGCUGUGGUGAUGAUUCACUAACGCGAAUUGGUGAUGAAGAGUUGAAGUUGAGGAUUGUUUGGACGAUUUCUUGCUUGAUUGCAGCUUCAACUAGGCAUAAUUUGUUUCAAAGGACACUGAUGGAACAUCAGACUCUGCAUAAUUUGAUUAUCAGAGAUGAAAGCAAUCAAGGAACUUUUAGAAUGAAUCGAGAACAGAUCAAGGAAUUCGUGAAAUGUAUGGAUCAUUCAGGGUCAGGGGAGGUUGUUGAUAAGGAGACAUUAAUGGAGAGGACUAAACUGCCUCCUUUGAGGAUGAAGAUGUGGUAUGUUCCAGACCUGACGCUGCCCGCGUCAGGCUUUGUGAUGAAAGGGGCGACUUUGGCGGUGAUAAAGCCGAUCAAGGAGGGGAAUAAGGAGGUGGAAAGAGGGGCAGAUUGGGUGGUGAACGCUUUUGAUGGGGAGGGGGAAGAGGAAAAGGUGUUUGGUGAAGCUGUGAGGAAGUUGUUGAAGAUGAAAAGAAGUUACACAUUGGAGAUGAAUUCAUUUUGACUAAACUUUCUAGAGGUGGACCUUUGUUAAUUUCUUUUUUGGAUUUUUAAGCUAGGCUGCAAUGUUGGUGCAAAUUUUGGAAUUUUUUCUUGUGUGUAAUUCACCUAGAAGGUUAGUUAUUAUUGUAAAGAAAGUGUAAUUAUUGUCAGUUUUGAGUUUCUUAUCUAAGGAUUAUUUUUUUA